GAUUUGUGUUUAUUAUUCAUUGUGCUUUUAAGGGCUGAAAAACUAAUCAAGGUUCAGCUGUAAUCUCUGCCGGCUGCUGUCUAUCAAUUCACUUCUACAUUUCAUUCCGUUCAUUGUUUUAAAGACUAUACUCAUGCCAUGCCUGUCAUUCUACGAUUCAUAUAUAUUCGAUUUAAUAAUUCAGGGGAAAAAACGGUUAAUUGCUGUGAGCAUUCCUCAUUGACUCUCACGAUCGUUGGCUCCUCAUUAAUUCCUCCUCAUUCAUCCUCUUCCUUCGGCAGGGAAACCCGAGGUACAAAUGAUGACGUCAUCGGUCUCCGUUCUUGAAGAGGAGACGGGUCGACUCGAAUGCCGGAUGGAUACGUCACCGCCUCCUUACACGAACGUCUCCUGGACUCGGGACGGACACCCGGUGAGCGUGGACGACUACCGCGUGUCUCUGUCGGGCAUGGGCGAGGGCGUGAGUCAGGGCGUGUCUGUGUUGCGGAUCCGGUGGGCGCGGUUGGAGGACGUGGGGCUGUACGUGUGCGUCGUGACCACCGAAGGACACCCGCCCGUCCACACGAUGCCGGCGAAGUUCGACGUUAUAGAGCGACUGAAGUUCUCCCCUCGGCCGCUGGAUUCGCGAGUGGAGGUUGGAGGGAACGUGAGCAUCCCGUGCGAGGCUAGGGGUGAGGUGACCCCUGAGGUGACUUGGUAUCGGCCUAAUGCUACGAAGCUGGUGGAAGCCGCAAGUCGAGAGAACAUCCAGGUGACGGACGGGACGCUGGAGGUGAUCGGGGCGGAGCUUCAUGACAGCGGUGUUUACGUCUGCAUGGCUACGUCGCAACAGGGCACCAUCAACGCCUCUAUCAACUUGGCUGUUAUAGAGAGCCCCGUCAUGGAGUGGGUGACGCACAGCCCCGUGCAGGUGGACAAGGGAGGCACUCUGAUGCUGGAGUGCCGCGCGAGGGGAACGCCCAAGCCCUCCAUACACUGGGACUACAACCACACGCCCAACGCCUUCGAUCCGGACAGGGUGGAGAUGCAUGGCAACGGCACGCUGCAGCUGUCGGGCGUACGACGUGAGGACGGCGGGGUGUACGGCUGCACGGCGGGCAACAUGGGCGGCUUGGUGCGGGCGGAAAUCACCGUUAGUGUUUCGGGUGAAAGCAUCCAACCUUUGGGCAGAACUGUAGGCGUGGCAGUCGGAGGCGCGGCCGCCUACAUAGCCCUGGUUGGCGCCAUGCUCAUCUACUGCCGGCAGCGCAGACUGAGGCUCAAGAAUUCGCCUCCUCACACGCGAGGCGAAGGGAGCGAGGAGGCGCAGAGCCCCGAGGAGCAGGAGCGCCUGAUGUACACCGCCCGGCAGAGCGGCGGCCUCGACGGCGACAUCCGCGAGUUCGGGGCGGCGACGUCCAAGCCCGGCGCACAGCUCGACCCCGCGUGCCAGGUGCAGCUGUCGCAGGUGUCGACGCACACGCUCGGCACCUCGACGCACCUCGGGCUCUCGCAGGCGUCGACGAAGACCAUGGGCGGCUCCUCGGUGUCGACGCAGCACUCGUCUCCACAGCAGGCCAACUCCUCGCCCUCCGCCCAGAGCACCGCUCAGGCCGGCCCUAGCGACGCCAUCUACCCGCGCCAUGAGGCUUCGAACCACGCGGCGGGCCAAGACAAGGCCAAGAUCCAGAGGGAGAACAUCCAGGUCCUUCUCACGCUCGGUCGCGGAGAAUUCGGCGAGGUCCAGCUGGCGCGACUGAGGACUUCGCCUGAGGACUCGGACGGCGAAGACACGCCCCCCGACCCCGAUAAGCUGGUCAUGGUGAAGGUGGUGAGUACGAGGGACGAGCAGCUCCUGGCCGAGGUGUGUCGCGAGGCGGCCAUGUUCAGCGGUCCUCCUCACCCGCAUGUGGUCUCUGCUCUGGGUCUGUGCACCUCCCACACGCCGCAUCUGCUUGUGACUCAGUACACCGACUGGGGUGACCUGAAGCAGUUCCUGCUGGCCACGAGAAAGGAGUCCCCGCGUCCUCUGGGCAGCCUGCGUCCGCCGCCCUUGACCUACCAGCAGUGUCUCAGCUUAUCUUUGCAGGUCGCCGAGGCCUUAGAGUAUCUGAGCGGGAGGCGACACACCCACAAGGACGUCGCCGCGAGGAACUGCCUUAUCACCUCCAAGCUACAGUUGAAGCUAGCUGCUCCGGCCCUCACCAGGGACGCCUACCAGGCCGAGUACUGCACCUACAGGAACCAGGUGCUGCCGGUGAGAUGGCUGUCCCCCGAGGCUCUUCUCGAGGACGAGUACAGCAUGAAGAGCUCCGUAUUCUCGUGGGCUUGGCUCGCGUGGGAGAUCCUCACGCAGGCAACUCUUCCGCACUCGACUAUCACUGAUCAGCAGGUGAUGGCAGCCGCGCAAACCGGAGACCUCCAGUGCGCGCCGCCUUCAGGGACGCCAGCGGAUCUUGGCAGUCUCCUCUCCUCGUGCUGGCAGCAGUCCCCGAAGGCUCGACCCGCCAUCCAGUCCGUGGUCGAGACGCUGAAGACCCUUUCCUGAAGUCCUACAGGAGGGGACGAAGAGGAAUGCGCAGACUGCCAUGAAAUGAGAUGACUUCCUUCUAUUGUGAUCUUAGAAACUGCGGCCAAAAGUCUUUAUCUCAAUGCUUCGCUCUAUCAAAGGGACCAAUGAAGUCUUGGCCACGGCGGUUAUGAGAUAAGUUCACGUUCAGAUCGAAGUGGAGGAGGAACGAGAAGACGAAGAAGGAAAUGAGGAUGAUGAUGGUGAAUAGGAUGAAGGAGGAGGAGAAAGAAGAAGAAGAAAAUGAAGAUGAAGAAGAAGAAGAAGCAGAAGGAGAACGAAGAAAAAGGAGGAGGAACAAGGAGAACGAAGAAGAAGAAGAAGAAGAAGUAGAAAGGAAAAAGAGCGAAGAGAGAGAUGAAAUAAAACAGGAAAAACGUGAUAAUGGUUAUAACUGCAGAAAAAGAAGCGUAAAAAGGAGAGCGAACUUAAAUAGGAAGAAGAAACGGGGAAAGGAGAAAUGAGC